UGACUGCAGCUCCACUGCUGAUGCCUGUAUUGAGGCGAGAGGUGCAGAUGCGGUCUGUCUGGGUCCUCCGUCUGGAGUAAAGCCUCUCUGAACUACAACCAGAGGAAGGAGCCCUGAAUCAUGGAUAAACCAGAAAGGUGUGCCUGUAAUGCCCAGGGGUGAGGAGGAGAGCAGCUGAGGAGGAGGCGAUGGGCUGCACCUCUGCCAAGCAGGUGUCUGCCGUGCCCAACGGUGAGGAGGGCCAGAAUAAAGCCUACAGCAACGGGGACCUCCUCUCUGAUGAGUACAAGAUGAAAGGAGUGGAGAAAGUAAAGUACAUCAGUGGAGAAGAGGGAGGAGUGGACGGCCAGGACAGCACAGAGAAAAGUGCUCUCCUUGGUAAAGGUCAACACAUGGACGAAACAGGGUCAAACGGAAAUGGAAAGAUUCUGAGCAUCCACUCCUCAGAGAGUCAGCAAGAAUUCUUCAGGAUGUUGGAUGAGAAAAUUGAAAAAGGCCGGGACUACUGCUCAGAGGAGGAAGAUAUGACAUACUGUAGCACUGUGGUCGAGUAUCCAUCAGUCCCAGUAUGAAAGAGCUGUCAUUCCAGUGUUAUGGAUGGACCGUACCAUAUGUACACGCCUGAGAAAAAUGGAUUACUGACUUGAAUCAAGCACCUUUUUGCCCUCUUGCUCACAACCUUAGUUCCUGCUCAUAAUCAACCAAGAGAGAAAUGACCACCAAAAUCAAAGAUGGUUCAGUAUUUUUAAGUUUUCAAGGUUCUCCAAAGGGAGAGAACAUUUAGGUUUACUUCCUUAGUGAAGCCAUUACAGGAUGACAGACAUCUUGGGAUUUUAAGAUACACUUGCUUUUCUUUCCCUGCUUGGAUAAGUCCUGGAAGGCCAGUAUACAUGGCUGUCACCGAGACCUCCUGUAGACAUUUGAAACAUUCAGACUGUCGCAAAUAUAAAUUUACAACAGCAGACGCAACCAGUGCUCUUGUGGACACUAACUGAAAGUGAAAAUAAUGUCGCUAUCUGCAUCAUUUUGAAUAUUUCAUCCUUGAAUGCCUCCCUGAAAAGUCAAGGGGCUGGAAACUUCCUGCAUUCCAAGACACAGUAUGAACCUCUUUUCUACAGUACGUUGGCCAGUACAGUGUGUUUGUGUGUCCAUGUCUGUUUCUGCUAUAAUGUAGAGUAUUUAUGUUGAAUAAGGCUCAGGGUUGAAGUGUUGUAAUCUUUGUCUCAUGUAGUCAAGUCCUUCCUCUCAUUAUGACACUGUUGCACCAUUAAAAAGACACUCAUGCACUCACACAGCGGGGUUAUUGAUGUCCCCUGCUUCAGUAUCUGUUCCAUGUUAUCCAUGUUAACCCUACAGGGUGGAUACUGCAACAUCACAUAUAAGUCUGAUUAUGUAUUUCGCUCACCAGUGUUAUGUUGUUUUGUUCAGUUUCUAUGUUGAAUUUAGGUUUUUCUAGAAAAAUAAAGUGUUUUCAGUAACUUA